GCAGUGAAAACUAUGAUGUAUAAUAGUGUGCCGUGAACCAAAAAAAAUUGAGAACCACUGCUAUAUUGUAUUUAAUCAAUUGUCGAAUUUCAUGUCCACAUUGUAGGUACUAUAAUAGUGAAUUAUCAUAAUUAUCUGUUUAUUUUUAUUUGAUUAAAAAAAAUUAAUACAAAUUUUUCCGAAAUGGCCACCGAAAGUCUCACUUUUCCAAGUACCCUGGACAUGAACAAUUUGCCCAUACUGCGCAUCAAACUAAACACACCGCCUUUGAGAUGCAUCGUUGAAGCCAUAUUACCCAAAUUAUUAGAAAACUUUGAAAAUGUAAGUGCAGAAGUAGUUCAAUGUCCAGAUUUAACCAAAUCGCCGUUUAACUUGACCUCCGAAGGACUAUGUGGCGACGAAAACGUUUUUGACAUCAGCGAUGUCACCAAUUUGAUACCUUCGAUAAAGCGAGAAAAAUUGUAUAACGUCAAAGAUUUAAAACAGAUUACUGGGUCUGAUCCUCUGGUCAUCAUCGGAGCUUGUGCUGGCCCAUAUCCGUUUUUUGGAGCCGAUAGUGAGUGCGUGGAAAAUGUUAAAAUUACUGGCGACCAUGUGGAAAACGGAACACACGCUUUCAUGACCAAGUCCGUAGAUGAUGUCGCUGAGUGUUUCCAUAAGUCGUUACCCGAUAACGAAAUGAGGUUUUCAAUGAUGGCCAAUUUCUUCACCAGUAACGGUAUUAAAGGAGAGGUUUUGAAAAUUGUGUGCGAAAUAAGAAAAGGACCGCUAAAUUUUAGCACGUGCAUAAGAGAAGCAUUAGUGAAGCAUUUCGGAGAUGAAAUCAUUGCGUUGGGUGGAGUAAUACUCAUCGAAAAUGGAAAAGUGAAAGUUCACGUCGUUAAACCGAGCUUGUUGAAAAUCCCAAUUAAAUCAGAAAAAGAAUUGAGCAAUUGGGUACAUUUCUUCGAAUUAUCUCCACCGUCGGUGGGUGUCGGAUGCAUAGUCUCUCAUGAUCCCGGGUUGAAUUUAAGACUUCAACACUUCCACAUGUACACUGAUCGCGGUCAAGGAGGACAUUACCACAACGAUACGGAGCCGGAAACCAUAAAAUAUACUGGUUAUUUUGGUGUCUCCAAGCAAUUUACUAAAAUUGAUUAAAUUCAAACUUGCUGUAAUGUUUAUUAUAAAGGACAACCUAGUUAGAUCAGUACUUCAUUUUUUUAGCUGCUGCAGCCGUGGCGCCGUGCUGAACUGUUUAUUGAGUAUUGACGUGUAGAGUAUACAAUAUUGUGUAGAUACUAGAUAAUGUAGGUAUAUUUUUAAUGCGAUUUUUAAAAGCACAAUACAGAAGUCAUUUUUCAUUAGUCA